AUGACAAAGGAAAUUUCAUCUUCAGUCAAGGAUAGGCCGCCUGUUGAGUGCUUCUUCAAAGCGACGGCACGAAUCCACCCUCAUCUCUGUACUCAUUUCGUUUUCUGGUGCCGGAUAGUAAUCCUCCCUAAGCUGCACAUCCCUCAAGUUGCGGUUCAAGUUUGGAAUUCUCACCAGGAACAUCAUGAAAUGCUCAUGUGCCGUGCCAUGGAUGAAAAGCUUCCGCAAUGUCAGGCAUUCUGA